AUCCCGCAUAGACUACUUGUGUUUCCGUGAUUACUACUAGUAACCUCUUUGACCGACUUCCCCCUUUCAAUCGCCCGGAUCAUCCUACCGUCUCUCGUUACCCCCUGUGGCUGUUCCGACCGUGCACUUAAGCAAAACGCGCUGCUCCUCGCUCUCGUUAACUCGGCAGCGCCAUCCAACCCACCCUUUCACACAUCCUCACCAUGGCUACAUUGGCGGAACAUCCGGUCGUCGCGCCUACAUCCUUUGAACAGGACAUCGAAUCCUUCCUUAACCUCGAUCAACUUGCCUACACCUCCGCAGAGCCAGCCCGGGCCAAGAUCGCCCUGGUUAGUCAGCCAACCCUUCCAAGCACCGAGUUCAACGCAGGCGAUGUACGAAGUGCUGGGUUUGCCUCAACGACAGCUCAACAAACACCAGUCGCUUUCCAAGGUCCCAGUCACCAGUAUGACGAACACAAGCAGCAGACCGGCCUUCCUCCAGGUGCGCUGGCCCAUGCCAUGACCUUCAACCACAUGAACGGCAUGGGAUAUGGUGCCCCAAGCCCCGCUUACCCGAUGAAUGGAGACCUGUACGCCAACAGCCAGCUGAAGCGCGAGGAUGCUCCCAUGGAUUUCAACAGCCCCCCGACUCGUAAUCCUUCCGAAAUGGACCUGGAGUCCGACAGCAUGGGGGCCGUCCCCGCUUACUUCAUCUCCCCCAACCCCAGCAACAAGAACCAAUUUGUCGACCCUAAUGCUUUGGGUGGCCAUGAGGUUGUCCCGGCCUCCACCCAAGUGGGUCGCAUGUAUCCGGGUAUGCACCAGCAGCAGGCUGCGAUGGCCAAGGCGGCUCAACAGCAGAAGCACCAUGAGUACCUCCGUCAGCAGCAUCUCCAGCAGCAGCGCCGUAUGGAAGAGCACAUGCACCACAACGGAGCUCCCCACAGCCAGACUCCUCGCCCCUCCAACCCUGCUGUGGAUGAACGCAUCUCCCGCCUCUUGCAGCAAAUGCGCCAGUCUGCCAGCUCGCCAGAUGAUUCUCCCUCUCCCCCUUCGGUCCUGCCUCAGAUGGCCAAGGCCAAGAAGGAUGAGCAGGAUAUGGACGAGGACGAGAGGCUGUUGGCCAGUGAAGAAGGAAAGAAGCUCAGCAGCAAGGAGCGUCGUCAGCUCCGCAACAAGGUCUCGGCUCGUGCUUUCCGGUCUCGCAGAAAGGAGUACAUCGGCCAGCUCGAGAGCGAAGUUGCCGCCAAGACCAACGAAGCCCACGAACUGCGUCUGCAGAACCGUGCUCUCUAUGAGGAGAACGCCCGCCUCACCGAUCUCGCCCGUAUGCUGUUGUCGUCUCCUCACUUCUCUCAGUUCCUGGACGAGAUGGGCCCCAACGGUCUUCCCCUCCCGAGCCAAAUGCAGCCCCAGGCGCACCCUCAGCACCACCAGCAUCCCCAACAACCCCAGCCCCAGCCCCACCAGCAGCCGCAACAACAGGCGCCACCCAUGUCGCAGCCCCCCAUGCAACAGCCUCCUCAAGUCGGUAUGGUCAUGGUCUCCAACCAAGGACUUGAUGUUUCUGCCAUGGGCCUCAACGGGGGCUGGAACUCGGGGAUCGAUAUGAACUUUGGCAAUCCUUCCGUCUUCGCCGUUCUGGAAGUCCCGGAGCCCACUAUUGAUACCGAGGUCCUCUCGGGAAAGACCUCCAGCAUCAUGGACUCCUCUCUCCCCAGCAUUCCCAGCUCGAAAGAUGAGGCUCCUGUCCUGGAGUCUUUGCCAAUCGUGAUCGAGGCCGAGCAGAAGUCGGAUAUCGGCGUCGAGAACCCCGAUGUGGUCAUCGAUGAAUCGGACCCUGCUUUUGCCCUCUUCGCCGACCGGCCUGCCCCUACUUCGGAAGAAUCCGAUGUUUCUUUCGACGGGAUCGGCGCUGAGAAAUCCGCCCCUGCUUUCGAGCUCGUGGUCGAGGCUGAUGCUCGGCGUUUCGCUCACUUUUGCAAUAGCAUGGAAGCAGCCUUUGAGCGCGUUUCCAUGAUGACUGCUCAUCUUUCAUGAUUCCCCAUGUCGCGCACUUUCGAGCCUUUUCAGAGUAAUGUAAAGCUGGUUCUUCCUUUGCUACCUAUCUUUUUCGCUUGUGGUUCCAAGAUGGAACGCUCCAUGUCGACACCAAUGU